GCAUGAUAGGCGCCGGUGGGCUGUUGCCAAAGGUAUCAGGGCGUCGCGAUUCCGCGGACCCGUGGAUGGCCGAUAUUGGGCCGAUGAUGAUUUGACUCUUCGUUGAUGGGCUCCGAUCCGGGGCGGGGACGGUCGGCUAUCGCGGAGUGCGCAUCGAAAGGUCCGAUAACGUCCACUGCGAGUGUCUGUGGAUUCCCUGCAGAAUUCCCCAUCAGAAAAGAGAAGGGGAAACACGUCGUGGAUGAAUGCAUGAAGGGCCACGGUUGGGCGACAACCGGCAACGAAUACACCAUGGUUCGCAAUCCCGCCCAUAAAAGCCAAUUCGGCUGUUUUGGGUCUUGUCGACCCUCGACAGGACGGCCGAGUAUCGUUCGAAUCAAAGUCAUCGACACCGCGCGACAUCACCGGGCUUUCGAGUCUUUCCAAACGCAAAAUGAACAAGCUCCGAGCCAGGGACAGCAACCUCCCACUUCCUGAUCCCGAGCAGUAUGCCGACGAAACCUCACCUCUGCUCUCUUCGCACCCGGCUCGCCGACCGGUUGCUCGCUCCGAACACGUCGAAUGGCUCGCCGAGAUGUGGUUUCUGACCAAAGCCUCCAUCCCCGUCAUCCUGGCCUACAUGCUUCAGAACAGUCUGCAAACCGUAUCCGUCCUUGUCGUCGGGCGGCUGUCCUCGGAAGCCCUGGCCGUCGCCGCCUUCUCAUACAUGUUCGCCAUGGCAACCGCAUGGCUGAUUGCUCUCGGCGGGACAAGCGCGCUCGACACGUUGGCGUCAAGCAGCUUCACGGCAUCCAAAGACAAGGGGAGCCUGGGAGUCCUCCUGCAGCGGGGACUCUUCGUCUUGACGGCUUUCUACGCCGUCGUGGUGGUCAUCUGGUGCUUCUCGGAGCAUCUUUUUAGGGCUCUGGGUCAGCCCGAGUCCAUCUGCAUCCAAAGCGCCCGGUUCCUCCAGUUCCUGGCCCCUGGCGGUCUCGGAUACGUCUGGUUCGAGUGCAUGAAGAAGUUCUUGCAGGCUCAGGGCAUCUAUCGACCGGGGACCUACGCACUCCUCAUCACCUCACCGCUCAACGCUGUGCUCAACUACCUGUUCAUUCACACCUUCGGCUUCGGCAUCUACGGCGCUCCCGUGGCCACGGGCAUCUCUUACUGGCUUUCCUUCCUACUCCUGGUUGCCUACGCCGCCUUAAUCCAGGGCAAGGAGUGUUGGAGCGGACUUCAACCACGAAGAGCCCUGUCGAAUCCGUGGCCGUUCGCCAAGCUCGCCUUCCUGGGCGUCGUCCAUGUCGGCACCGAGUGGUGGGCGUUUGAGAUCGUCGCGCUCGCUGCCGGCCGGCUUGGGACGCUCCCCCUCGCCGCCCAAUCAGUUGUCAUGACGGCGGAUCAGAUCAUCAACACCAUCCCGUUCGGUCUCGGCGUCGCAGAGUCGGCGCGGCUGGGGAAUCUGCUCGGGGCAAAGAGUCCCAAGGCAGCGAGACGCUCUGCGCACUGCGCAGCCAUCCUCUCGGUCCUCUUUGGUUCGAUUAUUCUCACAGUCCUGUUCGCUACGAGAAGUGUUAUCGGAGGCCUCUUCAACAGCGACGAGCGUGUUAUUGCCCUCGUUGCUGACAUCAUCCCCUACGUGGCCUUGUUUCAAAUUGCGGAUGGGCUCAACGGCAGCUGCGGCGGAGCGUUGAGGGGGAUGGGCCGCCAGUGGGUAGGGGCGCUUGUGAACUCAGUGUCUUACUACGGGGGCGCUCUUCCUGGCGGUAUCUACCUUGCUUUCAAUGGCUGGGGUCUGGCAGGUCUGUGGAUGGGACAGUGUGUUGCUCUUUCGCUCGUGGGCAUCCUGGAAUGGGUUAUCGUCGGCUUGAGCAACUGGGACAAUGAGGUACAAAGGGCCGUAGACCGACUGGACGAUGACAACCACGACCCAAGCGUUGUCUCUUGUCAUUAGAUCAUCUAAGGCGAAAGAUACACAUG